ACCACAUUAUCAUGCACACCACCUCAACACCAUGUCUUCUCUCACAACAUCACCAGCCACAGCCACCGGAACCACCACCAAAACCUACUCUUCUUCCUUUACCACCACCUCCCCCACCGUCUCUUCUUGGCCACUAUUCUCAAAAACCUCCAAAAAAUGUGCCAUUCAGUCAUUAAAACACAAAGUCUCAUGCAAUGCCGGUUCUUCUGAAAACCUACUAAACAACCUCGAUCGUCGGAAUGUUCUUCUCGGUCUAGGUGGUCUUGCUGGAGCGGUGAACCUUACAUCGGUUCCCUCAGUUGGGGCGGCGCCUCUAGCCGCCCCUGAUAUAUCGAAAUGUGGGACGAACCCGCUUUCAGGGUUUAAGCCCGGGGAGAACACUCCUACAGGCGGAGAUUGUUGUCCCCCGAACUCUACUCUGAUUAAGGACUUUGAGUUUCCCACUAACCAGGCGUUUAAGGUCAGACCGGCGGCUCAUUUGCUUAGUGCUAAGUACAUUGCUAAGUUUAAUGAAGCGAUCAAACGUAUGAAAGCAUUGCCUGAGGAUGAUCCUCGGAACUUUUUGCAACAAGCUCAUAUUCAUUGUGCUUAUUGUAAUGGUGCGUAUACUCAGUCGUCCAGCGGCUUUCCGGAUAUCGAAAUCCAGAUUCAUAACUCAUGGCUGUUCUUCCCGUUCCAUCGAUGGUACCUUUACUUCUACGAAAGAAUCUUGGGCAGUUUGAUCGACGAUCCCACAUUCGCUCUACCAUUCUGGAACUGGGACACUCCUGCCGGGAUGACGAUUCCGAAAUACUUCAACGAUCCGAAAUCCGCACUCUUCGACACCAAACGAAACCAAGCACACUUAAAAGGCGUAGUCGACUUGGGCUACAACGGCAAAGACACCGACGCCACCGACAUCGAAAAAGUGAAAAACAAUCUCGCAAUCAUGUACCGCCAAAUGGUCACAAACGCCACCGACCCAACCGCAUUCUUCGGCGGCGAGUACCGGGCUGGAAAAGAACCUAUUUCGGGAGGCGGGUCGGUUGAGCAAAGCCCUCACACCCCGGUUCACAGAUGGGUCGGUGACCCGAGAGAACCAAACGGUGAAAACCUCGGAAACUUCUAUUCCGCAGGUCGUGACACACUCUUUUAUUGUCACCAUUCCAACGUUGACCGAAUGUGGUCGUUGUGGAAAAUGUUGGGAGGCAAACAUAAAGACAUAACCGACACUGAUUGGUUGAACACAUCAUUUGUGUUCUAUGAUGAAAACAAGAAUCUUGUUCGGGUCUAUGUUAAAGAUUGUUUGUUAACCAACCAACUGGGGUAUGAUUACCAAAGAGUUGACGUACCAUGGCUCAAAAGCAAGCCGGUCCCACGUGCACCAAGAUCCGGAGUCGCUAAAAAACUCAUUGGAAAGGUUAAAAAGUCAGACGACGUCGUUUUCCCGGUCAAACUUGACAAAACCGUGAAGGUUUUGGUCCCGCGAGCUAAGAAGUCGCGAAGCAAGAAGGAGAAGGAGGAGAAGGAGGAGAUAUUGAUCAUUCAGGGGAUAACUUACGACAGUGAAAAGUAUGUGAAGUUUGAUGUGUAUGUGAACGACGAGGAUGACGAUGAUGACGCUGCUCCGGAUCAGACUGAGUUUGCGGGAAGUUUUGCGCAGUUGCCGCAUAAACAUAAGGGGAAAACUUCGAGUAAGACCAACUUCCGGGCUGGACUUACGGAGCUGCUAGAGGAGCUUGAGGCUGAUGAUGAUGAGAACGUUUUGGUCACGGUGGUUCCGAGAUCCGGGUCUGAGGAUAUCACGAUUGAUGCGAUCAAGAUUAUCUAUGCUUAAGUUGAGGAUUUGACGACGUUGCAGGGGUUCAAUAAUUAUGUUAGGUUAGUUUGAGCCUUGAUUAGUGAUCAGGGUUUGUGUGUUUGGGUUAAAGUCCGAGGUUGUGUUAUGCAUGUCUCGGAUCCUAAAUAAAUGUCUGUUUGAUCAGUUGUGGUUAA